AGGAGUCAUACCCCAUGGGUUUAUUUGAUAAAUGAGCGCUUCUUGGCAUAGAAGGGAAUUAAAGAAUGAUGGCUUCAUUCCAGCGCUCCAACAGCCAUGACAAAGUAAGGAGAAUAGUUGCAGAGGAGGGUCGUACAGCAAGAAAUCUAAUAGCUUGGAGUGUUCCACUAGAAAGCAAAGAUGAUGAUGGAAAAUCUAAAUUUCAAACUGGUGGAAAACCAAAGAGGACAAUUCAGGGCACUCAUAAAACUACUAAACAGAACACCGCGGUAGAUUGUAAAAUAACAUCUACAACUGGAGAUAAACACUUCGAUAAAAGUCCCACUAAAACAAGGCACCCUCGCAAAAUUGAUCUAAGAGCCAGAUACUGGGCGUUUCUUUUUGACAACCUUCGCCGGGCAGUCGAUGAAAUCUAUGUCACGUGUGAAUCGGAUCAGAGUGUGGUGGAGUGUAAGGAGGUGCUGAUGAUGCUGGAUAAUUAUGUAAGAGAUUUCAAAGCAUUGAUUGACUGGAUUCAACUUCAGGAAAAGCUAGAGAAGACCGAUGCUCAGAGCAGACCGACGUCAUUGGCGUGGGAAGUAAAGAAGAUGUCUCCGGGACGUCAUGUGCUUCCAAGUCCAUCAACAGAUAGAAUAAGUGUAACAUCAAAUGCUCGAAGAAGCUUAAAUUUUGGGGCUUCACCUGGCACAGUGGCUGCUCCCCGUGUGGCUUCUGCAGGUGUUAGUUGGGCUGACAAGGUAAAGGCUCAUCAUUCAGGGACUACUGCUUCUUCAGAUGUAGCUCCUGCGCAGUCUUGCCCACCAGUGACGGUGCAGAAGACUUCCUGCAAAAAUGAACGGAAAGAUGCUGAAGGAUGGGAGACUGUUCAGAGAGGGAGGGCUGUUCGCUCACGAUCAACAGCAGUGAUGCCAAAAGUUUCAACACAAGCACUAAGGUCAAAGGAUGACAGUGAUAAAGAAAAUGUACGUCUUUUACCGGAUGAAAGCGUACAGAAAGGGGAAGCUGGAGACGCACCUUCUAACACCAUAGAAGCUCGGCCCAAAGACUCAGUACAUUCUUGUGACCAUCCUCUUGCUGAAAGAACCCAGUUCACAGCGAAUACACUGGAUGACGUCAAGAACUCUGGCAGUAGUAGUAUCUUACCGGACAGUUCUGUGCGAAGUUCUGAAAUACCUGCUGUGCAAGGGGAUACAGUGUGUGUUUCAAUUAAUCAGCAAGAUGACUCACCUCCUUUGCAUACAAAUGAAGAGAGAUUUUCAGCAGAGAAAGCAAGGAUAGACAGUGAAAUGGACUCUUCAGAUAUUUCAAAUGUGAGUGCUGCUAACUUGUCCAUGGCAGAAGUUCUUGCUAAAAAGGAAGAGCUAGCAGAUCGCCUAGAAAAGGCCAAUGAAGAAGCCAUUGCUAGUGCUAUUGCUGAAGAGGAACAAUUAACUAGAGAAAUCGAAGCUGAAGAAAACAAUGAUAUUAAUAUUGAAACUGACAACGACAGUGAUUUUUCUGCCAGCAUGGGCAGUGGAAAUGUAUUUUUCUGUGGUAUGUCUAUGGACUGGAAUGAUGUCCUUGCGGAUUAUGAAGCUCGUGAAUCUUGGCGCCAAAAUACAUCCUGGGGGGAUAUUGUAGAGGAGGAACCUGCAAGACCUCCAGGACAUGGAAUUCACAUGCAUGAGAAACUUUCCUCCCCAUCUCGCAAAAGAACAAUUGCAGAAUCUAAGAAGAAACAUGAAGAAAAACAGAUGAAAGCACAGCAGCUAAGGGAAAAGUUACGUGAAGAGAAAACAUUAAAGCUUCAGAAAUUGUUAGAAAGGGAAAAAGAUGUCCGGAAGUGGAAGGAAGAAUUGCUAGAUCAACGACGUAGGAUGAUGGAAGAGAAAUUGCUUCAUGCUGAGUUUAAGCGAGAAGUGCAAUUACAAGCCAUUGUUAAAAAAGCACAAGAGGAAGAAGCUAAGGUAAAUGAAAUUGCUUUCAUAAAUACCCUUGAAGCCCAGAAUAAACGCCAUGAUGUCUUAUCGAAGUUGAAGGAAUAUGAGCAGAGGCUUAACGAGUUACAGGAAGAGCGUCAGCGAAGACAGGAGGAAAAGCAAGCGCGUGACGAAGCUGUCCAGGAACGAAAGAGAGCACUCGAGGCCGAACGGCAGGCCCGGGUGGAGGAACUGUUAAUGAAGAGGAGAGAACAAGAAGCGCGGAUUGAACAACAGAGGCAAGAGAAGGAGAAGGCCCGUGAGGACGCCGCCAGGGAAAGAGCGAGAGACAGGGAAGAACGACUGGCGGCUCUCACGGCUGCUCAGCAGGAGGCCAUGGAGGAGCUGCAGAAGAAAAUACAGCUCAAGCAUGAUGAAAGCAUUAGAAGGCACAUGGAACAGAUUGAACAAAGAAAAGAAAAAGCUGCUGAGUUGAGCAGUGGACGACAUGCAAAUACUGACUAUGCUCCCAAACUGACCCCUUAUGAGAGAAAGAAGCAGUGUUCUCUGUGCAAUGUCCUGAUCUCUUCGGAGGUGUAUCUGUUCAGCCACAUUAAGGGAAGGAAGCACCAGCAAGCCGUGCGAGAGAGCAGCAGCAUCCAAGGGAGAGAGCUCUCGGAUGAGGAAGUGGAGCAUCUUUCCUUAAAGAAGUACAUUAUUGACAUUGUGGUCGAAAGUACAGCUCCACCAGAGCCUUUGAAAGAUGGAGAAGAGCGGCAAAAAAAUAAAAAAAAGGCCAAAAAGAUAAAAGCCCGAAUGAACUCCAGGGCCAAGGAAUAUGAAAGUUUAAUGGAAACAAAGAAUUCUGGCUCUGACUCACCUUAUAAAGCAAAGCUUCAGCGCCUGGCCAAAGACCUUCUAAAACAGCUGCAAGUCCAAGACAGUGGGUCGUGGGCAAACAAUAAGGUUUCCGCGUUGGAUCGGACCCUGGGAGAGAUCGCGAGGAUCCUGGAGAAGGAGAAUGUGGCCGAUCAGAUUGCAUUUCAAGCUGCCGGCGGAUUAACAGCCCUUGAACACAUUCUUCAAGGAGUGGUCCCAGCCGCGAACGUGAACACAGUUUCACGAAUUCCUCCCAAGUCUCUCUGCAACGCAAUCAACGUUUACAGCCUCACCUGCAGCAACUGCCCGGAAAACUGCGCCGACGUUCUGUUUAGUAACAAGAUUACCUUCCUGAUGGACCUCCUGACACACCAGCUGACGGUUUAUGUUCCAGAUGAGAAUAAUGCUAUUUUGGGGAGAAAUACAAAUAAGCAAGUUUUUGAAGGUUUGACAGCUGGACUUCUCAAAGUCAGUUCUAUGGUCUUUGGCUGCCUGAUUGCCAGUCGACCGGAUGGAAACAGCCGGCCAGCUACACCAAAGACAUCGACGGAGGAAACGAAAAACAGACCCUCACCAGGUGAUGCCUUUAACAGUCGCGUUCAGGACCUCAUCAGCUACGUGGUGAGCAUCGGCCUGAUCCACAAGCUGUGCGGCUGCUUCCUGUCCGUGCAGGGCCCGGUGGACGAGAACCCCAGGCUGGCCUCGCUUCUGCAGCACGCGGCCGGCCUCUUGCAGGGCGCCUGCACGCUGUGCUGGGCUCUCACCGGAAGGCCGUACAGCAUAUUCGACAGCAAUCGCCAGGACCUCACGGGACUGACAGCGGCUCUUCAGGCCACAGACCUCGCGGGGGUGCUGCACAUGCUCUACGGCGUCCUGUUCCACGGCGCCGUCGCGGACCCCGGCACCGCCAGCCCCAAGGAGAGCUACUCUCAGAGCACGGUCCAGGUGGCCAUUCAGAGUCUGCGUUUCUUCAACAGCUUUGCAGCCCUGGACCUGCCCGCUUUUCAGUCCAUCGUAGGGGCGGAGGGCUUGUCCCUCGCGUUCCGGCACAUCGCCAGCUCCCUCCUGGGCCACUGCAGCCACGUCUCCUGUGAAAGCCUGCUUCACGAGGUCAUCGUCUGUGUGGGCUACUUCACUGUCAACCACCCGGAUAACCAGGUCAUCGUGCAGUCCGGCCGCCACCCCACGGUGCUGCAGAAGCUGUGCCAGCUGCCCUUCCCGUACUUCAGCGACCCUCGGCUGGUCAAAGUGCUCUUCCCGUCGCUCAUCGCCGCUUGUUACAACAACGGCCAGAACAAGAUCAUCCUGGAGCAGGAGAUGAGCUGCGUCCUGCUGGCCUCCUUCAUCCAGGACUUUGCACAGAAUCACGGUCAGGCAGCCAACCAGUCGUACCAGCCCAGAGGAAAAUGCCUUGGAUCCCAAGACUAUCUUGAGCUGGCUAACAGAUUUCCUCAGCAGGCCUGGGAGGAAGCUCGACAGUUUUUCUUAAAAAAAUAAAAAUAAAAAAUGUUUUGGUUGGUUCUAUAUUUGAGCACCCUCAUUAGUAAUUUAAAUUGUUCAAACAAACGUUCUAACUGUUCCUUAAGAAACUCUUUUUCACAUGUUUAUACCCCCCCCCCGUAUGUAGAUAUGGUAUAUACUUUGAACUAUUUAUAAUGGCUGUAGAUACGUCAUGUUCUACUUGCUAACUCUGUAAGUUGAGUUUAUUUCAUUUAUGCACAAUAGUUUGCAUUUUGGUAACUUCCAUCUUAUAUCCUUUGCAUUUGUAAUAUGGGUGAAAUUAGGCACAAAAUUAGCAAGUCUGUUUACUUCUUGUAAUAAAAUAACUUAUUCUGUUUGUCAUGGUGACUUUUCUUAAGAGAAUUCAAAUGCUCACUCCGGCUCUUGCAGUAUCUUAGUCAAGACUCGCAGUUAACCCGCUGGACCGCCCUCUCUCGGGCCUGGAGUGCAUUCUAGUGACGCGCACGAUCCGGCCACGGGGGUGAAUGAGCGCGUGGCUCACCCGCCCCCCAGCUUCCCUCGGACGGAGCACAGCCUCCGGGAUGCGAACCGAAUUGCUCUCCGGAGUGAAGUCCAGAUCCGGGAAGAUCCGCUUCUGAAAGACGUGACCGGCGGCGCCGAGCACAGGGAACGUGGGCGCUGACCUGGCCGCCGUCCGGCCCCGCACCUGAGGCCGCGCGCGGAGCCAUCGCUUCUGUCGGAUGAGGAUCAGCGUGACCAGCAACAAGGCUCCGGUCGGAAAAUGGUUCCGAAUAUGGAUCAGAUCCAAGAUCCAAGACUCGGGUGGGGGGCUGAGCAGGAGAAGUUUCUUCGCUUUUUUAAGAGCAAACGCAGCUACUGAGUCCCUAGGCCGCCGCAGCGCAUGGUUUUUACUGUUUUACAGAGAAAAGGUGGAGCUCCCGCUUCCAAACGAGCCAAAAGGCGACCCAGCCCCGUGCGCACGUCCGCGGGCACCGAGCGAGCGCGGAGAAGUCGCUUUUCACUUGCAAAUGCUCGUCUGGUCGGAAGUUUGCCGAAAGCCACAGUAACGGAGGCAGCGUGAUCACCCUCCCGGGAGCCGUCCACACCCCCCUGCCCGGCCGCCUGGGCGGGUCGGAGCCACCGGGACCUUCCCGGACGGUGCUCCCCUCUCCCCCGGGCGCUGGGACCCGGACCGGCCUCCCGCUGAGCCUGGGCCCAUCUCACCUCCCCGCCGCCCUCCCCUCCCAGGCGGCUGCAGACCCUCGGACCUCGGUGACCUGGGAAGGGGUCAUCCCCACCCCCGGCCUCCACUCCCCUCUCCCGGCUCCCUCCCCCCAACACGGGCCUCCUGUCUUCCUACCGAACUGACCCCCCCCCCCAACCCCUCAUUCCCGACCUGCCUGACCAGCAGGUGCCUCGCCAGGCCGCGCUCCCCUGGUGCCCUGGCCUUUCUGCCAGGAAUGCUGAGGCCCCAACUUGCCUUUUAAGGUGGGGCACCCCCCCACCCCAGUCCUCAUGCCCCUUCCUCUCCCAUCGCCCGCCUCACUCCAGAGGCCGCCUCUCCAAGCACAGCCUCUAUCAACAAGGUGCUGGUCUAAUUGCUUGCACGGUCCUCAUUACCGCGCGGAAUCCCUGUAUCUGGAACAAAGUUUACCUUUACAUCAAUCAGACCCGCGUCUAAAAGCCUCUAAUCUUCCUCGCAUCAGCUUAAUAAACUCUGAAUUUCCUGCUUUUA